CUCCGUGAACCGAGCGCACGGGUUCACAGCAUACAGCCGUCCUGCAGCGACGCAAACAUGUUUACAGAGGGAGCUCCGCUCUAGUGCUUUUAUGGGAAAGGAGUUUCGGGAUACAAGCGUCUCUUUCAGGAAGUUACGAGAGGUAACAUGGAGCCACGACCGGACCCACGAUUCUUCAGGACGGUCCUGCUUCUGCACAUCUGCUGGCUCUGGAGCGGUCAGGGUUUGUCCGUCCGCUUCACAAACCAGCAGCUGCUGUAUGUCAUCAAAGGCCACGACCUGAUACUGCAGGCACAGAUCGAGCUGCUGGAUGGAGAGCACGUCGUUAAAGUGACGUGGGACCACGUCGCAAAGACUUCUGGGACGAGCUCAACGCUGGCCGAGUUUCCUCGUAAAGCCUCCGAUGGGAGAGUGACUCUGGAACAGCAGGGAGCCACGCUUAAGAUGAGGGGUUAUCAAGCAGCGGACGCCGGCGUCUACACGGUCACAGUUACAGAGCGGUCAGGACAGAGGCGAUCUGCGCGGCGGACCGUUCAAGAGUAUCUGGCGGUGCAUCACGUGUCGGUGAUGGUGAACGUGUCUCACUCUGUUCUUCACUGCAUGGAGGCGUGGGGGACUGAGCCCAGCUUCACUUGGCUGCACGAGAAGGCGGCUGUAACGGAGAAAGUGGGUCGUGUUUCGGCAGAUGGGACGUCUCUGGACGUCUCCGGCACCUUCUGUGGACACUUCACCUGCGUGGUGAGCAACAAACUGGGACACAGUUCAGCCACGUACACCGCAGAGGCGUGUGAAAGCUCAAGCAGGAGCACCACUGCUGUCGUUGUGUUUCUGCUGCUGAUACUGACACUCAUGGCUGCAUCUCUGGCCUUUAUAUUAUGGAGGAGACGCAGGCACGGAUAUAACAGAAGAGAGAGACUGAGAGAGUCGUAUGAAGAGCCUCUGUGAGCCGAUCGCCGCAAGCUUUCUUCAUGUUUUAUACACUUUUUGUAUGAUAUCUGAAUUCCUGUGCAUAUUUAUUCAGCCAAGUUAGACUAGCGUCGUUUAGUUAAUGCAGUCCUUUUUAAAUACUUGAUUCUGAUUGGUCGUGACAUUCUCGCUGUCCUAAAUCAAUAAAUUAACUCUCGACUAA